AUGACGUUCAAGUUCUCCGAUCUUCUCUUGGUUCGCGUUGUUGCUGGACCGCUUUGUGACAAAUUCGGUCCUCGGAAAGUCUUCGGCGGCCUUCUACUCGUUGGCUCCAUUCCCCUCGGCCUCGCCCCUCUUGUCCACAGCGCCGAAGGCCUCUACGCCAGCCGUUUCUUUAUAGGCAUACUCGGUGGUGCAUUCGUCCCUUGCCAAGUCUGGACAACCGGCUUCUUCGACAACAACAUUGUAGGCACUGCCAAUGCCCUCACAGGCGGGUUUGGAACCGCCGGCGGCGGCAUCACCUACUUCAUCAUGCCAGCGGUGUUCAACUCGUUUGUAGCACGUGGAUUUAGCAAAGGCCAGGCCUGGCGCUUGACCUUCAUCGUCCCCCUGAGCAUGGUCAUUGUUGUUGGGGUCGCACUUUUGUGCCUCUGUCCCGACACCCCCGCAGGCCCCUGGGGCGAGCGCCACCACACCCUUUCAGAGGAUCAUGGUCCCCACGGCGACAGCUCCGUAGCAGCCACCGUUACGAACAUCCCCGGCUCCAUCACCGACAGAUUCCCCUCUGACACGCCCGAGAACCUAUCCGCCGAGGAGAGUGAUGACAAGAAGAAGAAGGAAACAUACAUCUCCGCCCCUGUCAUCUUUGACCAGGAAGCGCAGAUACUAAGCCAGGGCAAUUUGGAGGCGGCCCACGGAGAGAUUAUCGCAAAAUCGACACUCUGGGAUGUCACCUUCUCCCCGCAGACGGUUUUCCAUGUCUGUUCGUACAUGAACUCGUUCGGUGCCGAGCUGGCCAUCAACGCCAUCCUCGCGUCCUACUACUUCAAGACAUUUCCGUAUUUCUCGCAGACCGAUGCGACCAACCGGGCAGCCAUAUUUGGUUUUCUCGAUUUCGUCACCCGCCCAUUCGGCGGCGCUGUUAGUGAUCUGCUUUACAAGCACUCUGGCCACAACCUAUGGGUGAAGAAGGGUUGGAUUGUGGGGUGUGGCAUCAUCGCGGGCACCCUUCUCAUCAUUUUCGGGCAGCUUAGCCCCCACGACGAAUCAACUGUAUUUGCGUUGAUUUCACUCGUGGCCAUCUUUCUCCAGGCUGGCAGCGGCGCCAACUUUUCGCUCCUGCCGCAUGUACACCCCUCUGCAAACGGUAUCCUGUCCGGCCUUACUGGGGCGGGUGGUAACCUGGGCGGUGUGAUCUUUUCCGUCGUCUUUCGGUCCAUGGGGGACGGGACUAACUACGCAAAGGGGUUCUGGGUUAUUGGGGUAAUACACGUCGGCUUAACCUUGGCAUUGAGCUGGAUACCACCGUUGCCACGGGGACAGAGAGGUGAUAAGUGA